CUCUCUCUCUCUCUCUCUCUCUCUCUCUCUCGGCCUGAGCUUCGGCGCGAAGGUCAAAUUGCACGAGAGGGUUGAUUUGCAUCUUCCAAUGGGCGCGUUGCAUGCAAAUGAGGAGGGAGCUGGUUGGCUAGGUGUUGGUAGGAUAACUCCGGCGAGCCGGGCUCUUUGUCCUUCACUGGCUGUGGGGCAGCUGCAGUCGGGUGGUGCGGCCAGAGAGGCUAGUAGCCUAGGGAACUAGCGAUCCGCCGCCGGCGGGGAGGGGGCGGCGGCGACGGCCCGGGGGGCGGUCUGGCGGGAGCGAGAGAGCAAGAGAGCUAGCGAGCUAGCAAGCUAGCAAGUGCUGCUGCUGCUGCAGCUGGAGCUGGUGCACGGCUCCGGGGAGGAGAGCAGCACAGAGCCCGGGCGCCAGGGACCCGGGCAGCAGCAGGGGCAGGAGCAGCCGAGGCAGGGGCAGCAGCAGGAGCUGCUGCGGCGCACGCCGCGCUCCGGGAGGGAGGGGGAGGGGGAGGGGGACGGGACCUGCCAGUGCAAUAUGACUUUGGAGGAAUUCGCGGCCGGAGAACAGAAAACUGAAGGGAUGGACAAGGUCGGGGAUGCCCUGGAGGAGGUUCUCAGCAAAGCCUUGAGUCAGCGAAGUAUCACGGUUGGGGUCUACGAGGCGGCGAAACUGCUCAAUGUGGACCCCGAUAACGUGGUGCUGUGCCUGCUGGCCGCGGACGAGGAUGACGAUCGGGACGUGGCCCUGCAGAUCCAUUUCACCCUCAUCCAGGCUUUCUGCUGCGAAAAUGACAUCAACAUCCUGCGGGUCAGCAACCCCGGGCGCCUGGCUGAGCUGCUGCUGUUGGGGACAGGUGGCUCGGCGGCCGCCACCGCAGCGGCCGCCUCCGGCGGGGGAGCCGAGCAGCCCCCGGACCUGCACUGCGUCCUGGUGACGAACCCACAUUCCUCUCAAUGGAAGGAUCCGGCCUUAAGUCAACUUAUUUGUUUUUGCCGGGAAAGCCGAUACAUGGAUCAGUGGGUGCCGGUGAUUAACCUCCCUGAACGGUGAUGGCUUCCCACUGAAAGUAACUGAGCCCAGUUGCACUGAAGUUUUGAAAUACCUUUGUAGUUACUCAAGCUAACUCCCUACACUGAUGCAAGGAUUACAGAAAUUGAUGUCCAGUAGGCCGACUGAGUCCAACUACAGGUUCUUGGGGACCGGAGAUUGAUGACUUUGCGGAAGGAAAGAGAAGAGAAUGAAGAGACAGAAGCUGUUUGAAAACAAGCGAAAGUCAAAAGGAACAAAAAAAAAUUUUUUUUGGCAAAGAACCACGCAGGAAGGGGGAAAAAUGUAUUCAUUUAGGAUGGUUGAGUUACAUUGAGAUAAACCAAAUGUGCAUUGUUGAAGUUAAAUGUACAGCAGUAGUUUGGGUAUUUUUUGGUUUAUAUGCCCUUAAAAUGAAAGAGCAAAGGGGUUAAUUAUAUUUUAAAAACCAUAUUUUAUUGUAUUUUGAUGGGAUGUUUAAAUUCUUGGAGUUUUAUUAUGAAUUGUACUAAGUUAUUUUAUGACAUGAAAGGUUAUUUAUGCUAUAAAUUUUUGGAAUACAAUACCGGCAAUAAACUGAUAAUAGAGUAAUUGCA